AUGUCAUAUACAGGGGCAAGAUGCAAGGAUGUAUCAAACACUUGGGAGACUCAGGAGAGCCUCCAUCAUAUGCGUGAUUACGUGAAUGACUUUGAUGCUAGAAUAAAAUCAAGAAUUCGUGAGAAUCUCAAGAAGAGAAACAACAGUCACAAUACUCCUUCACAGGUAUUGUCAUCACGUCCUUUUAUUGCAAAUCCAUCUCCCUUUUUUUCUGAGUCAGAAGAGGAGUCAGAAGAGGAGGACGACGACGAAGACGAGGAAGAGGAAAAGGAAGAGAAAGAAGAAAAAACUAAGGAUGAUAAAGAAGACUCUGAUUAUAAUGCGAAUGUUAAAGUCUCCUCUGGUGUUAGACGACCAAUUGCAAGAACUUGCAAGAAUGUGAAGAACAAGAGUCAUGAACCUUCAAGUGUUGAUAAUCCUAUGCGUGUGUCUUCUGAGGAAGAAGAUUCUCAGAAAGAAGAUUGUAGUGUCAAUAUUGCCCAUACUCCUCUUCAAACCCCGAAUCGUAGACCAUCACAUGAUGAUGGCAAGCAAGACGAUGCUCAACCAGAUCCUGAAGAGCAUAUUCUUGCCAAUCCUCAAAUUGUCCUUUUUGCUGAUCCAAUUUAAGGAGGAGGAGCAUAUGUUAGUGUGGAUUUAAUGCAGGCUUUGAAUAAUAAUUACCAAUUCAAACUUAUAUUAUUGGUGAUGUUUAUUACUUUGUUUUGU